AGAUUUUUCUGUCUGGGCAAGUUUGCAUGGAGAUAUUAAAGAUGAUUUAUUAUAAUGAAACGUGUGUUUCAUCAGUAUUUAGCCAUUGAAUGCAUCUAAAGUAUAUAGCUGAUAAUUUUUUAUUGAAAUUAAACAUUUCGGUUUAGCAAAUUCUGUUAUAAACUGAUUUAUCACGUAUUUUCGCGGUUCUGUAAAAUGGCUUCUAACAGAAAAGUGUCUGUAAAAUGGAAUAUUCCACAAAAUAUGAAAGACAGACACAGUUAUAGACCUGUUCAGACAGUGCCAGUCCAUAAUGACUCAGUAUCAGAAAAAUAUCUUUACUCUGAAAAUUUUGAAGACCUUUCAGAACAGCAAACAUACUCCGAUACAUUUGUGAGUGAUUCAUACUCUGAUACAUUUGUGAAUGGUUCUUCACAUACAGGAAAUGGCUCUGACAAAAGCUCGGCUACAGAUAUCAAAACAAUUAUAUCUUUGAGAACAUCUGUAGAUGCAUCUGAGGUACAGGAUGCAUCUUACCUUGAAACUGCUAAAACUGAGAUGUUGGAAACUGUCAUAGAGGUGGACUCUGAUGCUUCAUGCUCAGAAGGAAUGUCAGAGACCCAUAAAACUGGCAAUGAACUGGAUACAAUUAAAGAGUUAUCUCGGGAGUUUCUAGAUACACAUACAUCUGAUUCACAUAUAUAUUCUGAUACAUUUGAGUCUAGUGAGCGAACUAAGGCAGAGUCACAAUAUGAUGAGACAGAAGGACAUAGUUAUAGAUCUGAGCAGUCAAAGAACUCUGACUCAUAUUCCACCAGGACAUACACUGAUUAUUCAGAAGAAGAUGAAAGCCUUCUUGAUAGAUCUUACAUUGCUCCAGACUAUGAUGGGAAGUCUUUGACAGAUGAUGAAGAUGAUAUUGCUGGUACCACAUAUGAUGAUGAUUACAGUUAUACAUUUGAACCAACUGAACCUUCAACAUACAUUCAUCAUGAUCCAGAACAAGCAAGGAUCGAGGCAGAGCAGAUCAACAAAGCAGAACAAGUAAAAAAAGAUUUUGUGAAAGCCAUGGUGACAAAACUGAAGUCAAAACCAGAAAAGAAAUUUGCACAGCUAGAGACAAUAUCUUCACAAAUGGAAGAUGCUGAGGAGGAUGACUAUUUAAAGCACUAUUGUAAGAAGAAGAUAAAACUGUUGAAAAAGAAAAGAUAUACAAACAAAGAUUCAGAGAGUGAUGAUGAAGUGUCAGAGGAAACUGUUACACCAACAAGCACACAUGGUAGACUAUUAUCAGACUAUGGACUGCCAGACUCUGUGCUGGAGAGGGCAAAGAUAACCAAUAUAUUGUCAGCUAUGAGAAGAGCUGCCAAAGUAGAUAUUCAUGAUCCUCGUAAAUGUGGAGAAUCAGAAGAAUAUUGUGCUCCUAGUCGGGCAGUAUUUCCGCUGCAGAACACGUGCAUAUUUCCUGAUACAAAGCUGAUAACCUAUAAAUAA